AUGAAUGAGCUUGCCAAAGUUGAAGAUUACCUUGAGACCAUUACAGUCAAAGAACCAAGUCCUUCCAAAGACUUGACUGUUCAGAGCAAUGAGGAAGACCAAGUGUGUUUAAUUUCCGCUUCUGAUGGGUCUCACACGAUAGCCAAAAGCCUAACCAUAGACGUCGAGGAAGAAAAGGCUCUGGUCCGAAAACUUGAUCGAAGGUUUGUGCCUGUCCUGGCAUUUGCUUAUUUUUUACAGUCCCUUGACAAGACAAACAUUGGGAACGCUUAUACCUCUGGGAUGAAAGAGGAUUUGAAUCUCACAUCUCGACAAUAUUCUAAUGCCGUUUCCGUUCUAUAUUCAACAUUUUUGGCAACGCAAAUCCCUACCACCUUAUAUCUCCGAAUUAUUCCUCCCAGAUACUUUAUGUCGGCAAUGGUGUUUUGCUGGUCGAUAAUCACCAUGUGCAGCGGAUUUGUGAAAUCAUAUCACUCUUUGCUAGCACUAAGAGUGCUCUUGGGACUUUUCGAAGGUGGCUACUUUCCAGCAAUGGUAUUGCUAGUCAGCAUGGUUUACAAGCCUGAGGAGCAAGCUAAAAGAAUUGCCUUUUUUUUUGGAUGUGCUGCACUUGCCGGAGCAUUUGGCGGUUUGAUUGCGACAGGAAUGGCAACGGUUCGUGGUGCAGCAGGCCUUAACGGAUGGAGAUGGUUAUAUAUCAUCGAAGGACUCAUUUCCAUCACAGCAGCCGCAUGGAUAUAUUUCGGCCUUCCAAACGAUGUAGAAAACCCUGACUUUCUGGAUGAACACGAGCGGAAGCUUCUGCAGCUACGAUCAAAGCAACGCCUCCAGUAUGUCGGAGCAAAACAAGAAUUUAGCUGGACUUUUGUUUGGGACGCACUUAAGGACUUCAAAGUUUACACAGGUCUGUUGAUACAAUUUUGUCAAAAUAUUAUCUUGUAUGCGAUCACUACUUUUCUACCGGCGAUUUUAAAGCUUGGGCUUGGCUACACUUCGAGGGAGGCACAAUAUAUGAGCGUGCCCGUUUACGUUCUUGCAGCGACGGUCUUCCUGAGCUCUGCAUAUCUCAGUGACCGUUUCAAUUUAAGGGGACCGUUUAUAUUGGGCUUCAACAUGGUAACCAUAGUAGGCUACAUUUUAAUGCUUACGGUUAAGAGUAAUGGCGUAAAAUAUUUUGCUUGCUAUUUGAUGACUUUUUCAGCUUACACUGGGCCCGGACUCAACGUUACAUGGGUAUCAAAUAACAUUGCUCCUCAUUACAAGCGAGCCACUGCAAUUGGAUUAAGUCAAACGUUUGGCAACCUGGCAGGAGCAAUAGCAGGCCAGGUUUACAUCGAGCCUCCAUACGUGUUGGGCAAUUCAUUUGCCUUAGGCUGUGUUGUUUUUUCUAGCAUUUUGGUUGCAUUCCAAAUCAUCACAUUUUACAGCAUCAAUGGGAGACGAGCUUCAAUUCUGAGAGGCGAGCGCAUCGACAAGGGCACGAUAAAGGAAGGUGAUAAGGCUUUAAAUUUUAGGUACUGUUUAUAG